CAUGACGUCAUCUAAUUGACUUGAUGAUGAUGUUCGCUUUACUUUUUUAGGUCGCAUGCUUGGAGGAGUACAAACAAAAGUGUAUUAUUAGAUGAAAAGACUGUUAAGUGGCGUGUAAAGGUUUGAAGGUUCCAAGAUUUCUUCACUUCACAACCAUGAAAUUUAUCAGAAAGAUGUUUCCAAGAUGAUAGAACAGGAGAACUUCUUUCUCUCCUACCCAUUCAACUCAAAAUCAAUAAGACCUCGUAAACGUCUAGAGGCAUCUAAGAUGGCACUCUCCAGUCGGUCUAUAGAUGAAGCUGUUUCACAACAGCACCGAGAUAUUGUAGACAACAAAUACCAGGAACUGCGACGGCCAAGGAAAAUUUUCUUUUAUCGUAACGGUGAUAGGUAUUUCAAAGGUAAACAAUUAUACAUAACACCUCACCGGUAUUUAUCGUUUGAUGAACUGCUUGUAGAUCUCACAAAAUCUGUCUCAUUACCGUACGGCGUUCGUAAGGUUUAUACGCAAGAUGGUGUGCUUAUUAGAGACAUAGAAGACUUAAAAGAUGGCGGAACCUAUGUUUGUGCCUCAUUUGAAAGAUUCAAGAAACUAAAAUAUGGGAAAUACAAUAACCCAGGUUUUGCUGUACCAAAAGUCCGGCCUAGAUAUGAAAGUCACUUGUACAACACUUUCCCACCAACUGGCUCAAGUCAACAUUUUAGUCAAGCUAGAGGCGGAUUUAUUUACCCAUCACAUGGCAAAUACGCUGCUGCUUAUGGUAAAACAGCGGGAACAUUUGGUCAGGGGCAUGCAGGCCCCGGAUCCUUCCAGUAUUCAGGAGGGCGGCCAGGUGCUUCCUUAAAGCCUGUUUCAAAGACUGUCGGCAUUAUACACUCUGAUGUUAGUCCAGUAAAACCUCGCAUUGUUAAAAUAGUUAAAAAUGGCGAACGGCCACGGAAAACAGUAUCACUUCUUUUGAACAAACGUAGUGUGCAAUCGUUUGAACAUCUUGUUCUUGACAUAUCCGAUGCUCUUGGUCUUCCUAAGUACAAAAACAACCGAAUCAGGAAACUUUAUAACUUAAAAGGACGUGAAAUUCGAGGACUUGUGGAUUUUUUUCGAGAAGAUGAGGUGUUUAUAGCUUCGUCUUCUAAACAUCCACUGAGUGAUGAGGAUAUUGCCGAUAUUUACGAAGAAUUGUACCCUAACAAUCCAUAUGCCCAAAAAUAUCCGAAGAAAGGGACGAAAGAUCGAGAGUCUAAAACAGACAGUGGAUUUGGUGAUGAUGAAGAGAAAGCAGAGCAGGAGAGAAUUUUAAGGAAGAAAGAAAAUGCAAAGAAACUUGAAAAAGAGAGGGAUAAAGCAAAGAAGGAAGAGCGUCUAAAAGCUGCCAAGUGGGAAAAACAGCGGCGAGAAGAGGAAGAAGAUGAAGAGUUCCUAGAUGAUGAAAUGCAGCGAAUGAGGGAUGAAAAUGAGUGGAGAAUGCAACAGGAACUAGAAAGAGAAAGAAUAAAUAAAGAAAAGGAAGCAGAAUUAGAAAGAAAAGAAAGAGAGUUGAAGAAGAUGGAGCAAGAACUCCAGAGGAAGUUGGAAAACAACCAGAAACAGAAAGAAGCAGAACUAUUAGCAGCUCUUGCUGCAAGAGAAGCAGAAAUCCAAGCAAGAGAAAAGGAACUUAAAGAAGAGGAAGAGCGAAGAAAGGCAGAACGUAAAAAACAAGAAAAAGAAGAUGAAGAAAGGAAGAAAGCUGAGAAAAAAAGGCGAGAGGAAGAAGAAGAAAGAAGGAAAAAGGAAGAAGAAAGGCGGAAGAAGGAAGAAGAAGAUAGACAGAAGAAGAAAGAGGAAGAAGAAAGACGGAAGAUGGAAGAAGAAAAACGGAAGAGGGAGGAAGCAGAAAGACAGAAGGCGGAAGAAGAAAGACAGAAAGCUGAAGAAGAAAGACGGAAGGCAGAAGAAGAGAGAAGAAGGAAAGAAGAAGAUGAAAGAAAAAAAGAAGAGAAAAUAAGAAAAGAUGAGGAAAACGCUGCAGAGGAAAAGAGGAAACAAGAAGAAGCAGAAAAACAAAAGACUGAUAACGAAAAUGAAAAAGAUAAAUUCGCAAAAGGAAAAGGAGAUCAGAAUAAGAAAGGUGGAAAGAAAAAAAAGAAAGAUCAAGAUAACAAAUACGCAUCAGAUCCGAGAGCUAUAAAGAAACGUGAUGAUAUUGAAAAGCGUUACAAAAUUGGAAAAAAGAUUGGCGACGGUAACUUCGCUGAUGUUCAUGUGGCAGAGCUGAUAAAUACAGAUCAAGAAUUUGCAAUGAAAAUUGUUGAUAAAUCCAAGUUGAAAGGAAAAGAGCAGAUGAUAGAAAACGAAAUUGGCAUAAUGAAAAACGUAAAACACGCGAACAUUGUACGUCUGUUUGAGGAGCAUGAAACUAAGGAGAAUAUCUUCUUAGUGAUGGAAUACGUGAAAGGUGGAGAUUUGUUUGAUGCAAUUACAGAGAGUGUAAAGUUCACAGAAGCGAAUGCAGCAUUGAUGGUCAGUGACCUCUCUAAUGCUUUAGACUAUCUUCAUGGCUUGAACAUCGUGCAUCGAGAUUUAAAGCCUGAAAAUUUAUUGAUGUCUAAAACUUUGGUGAGCAAUGAUCCGAGUGGUGAUAUGGUUCUGAAAUUAGCAGACUUCGGCCUUGCAAUGGAAGUGAAGGAACCGAUUUUCACUGUUUGUGGAACACCGACGUAUGUUGCUCCAGAAAUCCUUGCAGAAACAGGUUAUGGUCUUGAAGUAGACAUGUGGGCAACUGGGGUGAUUACGUACAUCCUUCUUUGCGGUUUCCCACCAUUUAGAAGCUUGGACCGUGAUCAGGAGGAGCUGUUUGAGAUUAUUCAAGCUGGCGAGUUUGAGUAUUUGAGUCCAUAUUGGGAUAAUAUAUCAGAUUCUGCCAAGGACCUAAUUAACCAUCUUUUGGUUGUUGAUAAAAGAAAGCGAUACACUGCCAAGCAAGUUCUUGAGCAUACCUGGAUCGUCAACGAAGGUCCUUCACGCAACCGACUCAAUCUUCAACGUGAGAUAACAAUGAACCUCGAAAAGAACUUUGGUAAAGGAAAAAACCAUCAGGUUGGUGUGGAAACAUAAUCGGUGUCUAAAUCUAUUCUGGUUAAUUUUUAUUAUUGUGUCAGCUAAUGAGAAAAUAGUCUGUAGUGAUGCCCACAAGUGUUGUAUGUAUUCCCAGAAUGGCUGUCUGUAUGUUGGCUUCUUAUUCAUAACUUAUUUACCUGAUUUGGUAUUAUUGUGAUAAUUGAAGAGAAAAUAGUCUAUACUGAUGCCCGUAAGGGUUGUAUGUAUUCCCAAAAUUGCUGUCUGUAUUUUGGUGUCUUAUUCAUAACUCAUUUACUUGAUUUGGUAUUAUUGUGAUAACUGAUUUUAAAAUAGUCUCUACUGACGCCUGUAAUGAUUGUACAUAGUCUGUACUGAUGCUUAUACGGGUUGUGUGUACUCCCUAACAUUCAGGUGCGCUGGCUUAGGAACUUAUAGGCUGGCAAUGACGUAAAUUAUGCUGAUUGUAGUUUUAAAAAACAGCCAAGCAUAUGAAUUAGGAAAUGAGGGUGCUAAAAUUAUGUAGUGACAGUUGUAUUAGAGGCCUAGGAUAAUUCGUAUCUGCUUCAGUACCUAAAUCUCCAAAUAUCUUGUAGAAAUAACAACAGUAUUUAUUAGCUACGGUAACAUGUGAGUUGGUUCAGUAUAUGGCACAAGAAUACAUAGCCUGAGCUCCAUUCUUCUUAGCAUGGCCCUUAAGACAAUUUUGAAUGGGGAUUUCAUACAUUUAAUGCCAUAUUUCUGAAUAAUAUUUCCAAACAACAAAAUUAACUACUGUAUGUCAAUUCAACAACAAAGGUAGGCAAGUACUAAUAUAGUGUAUGGCUAUUGACUGGUGUGAUAAUAGAAUACCUAGUUACUUUACAAUCGCUUUUCUUUGGCAGUAGAAACUACAUGUUCCAGCUAAAUUAGAAAUUACUUAUUAGAGAAAUAAAUUAUAUAUGAUGUUUUGUAUAUGAUGUCAAUUCAGUACUUAACUCUAUUCGAUUUUUUAAAACAAAUAAAUUGCAAAUAUUGCAUAUAUAAGGUGGAGAAUAUAUUUGAUAAAUGUAACUUGACACUGGAAAUAUAAUAUGGAGAAUAAUAACAAUGGACUUGUACAGUUAUUAAAUGCACAUAUGUAUAUAAUGAUAUGCUUAGGUAGACAACUCAUUCAGGUACUGUAUGUAUGUCUCAUUACAAUGAGUUCCUUUUAAUAAAUCCUUGAAGUACAGAUAUGGUGUGUAGCAUUCAGUAUUAGUGCAUGGUUCAAUUAAUGGAUAUAUAUGCAAAUAGUCAUUCAAUUAAACAACAUUUCUUGUGCAUUUCUAUCCAUAUAACAUGUCCAAUAAGUUUGAAUAUAAAUAUGUUUUCAAUUUUACGUUGAACUGGGAUUGUUUUUUUUUUAACAUACGCAUAUUGAUUAACAUCAUAUAGAUAUACCAUGAUAUUUUAUAGAUAUAUAUUCUACAUAUUUAUUCAUAACAUGAUAUUUACAACAUGUGAUAUAUCUACAUAUUUAUUCAUAACAUGAUAUUUACAACAUGUGAAUAUAAAAUAGUUUACUUGUGUAUAUUUAUACCUGUCACCAUAUUUAAUCAUGAUGUCUGUAACAAGUAUGUUACAAUAUUGGCACAAUGAAUUGGGUUGUUGGCAAUUGAUCAGAAUUACAUGUGUGUGGUUUUUUUAUGCAGAUGUUUUCUAUGCAUUUAUCUAUAGCAGAAUGUAUGUUUUGUAAAUUUAUAGGCCUACAUUCUGGUAUAAACAGAGAAUAUAUCAAAACAAUGUUAAAAUCCUAAGGAAUAACAUAAGUAUAAAACACCAAUAAUGAUCAUAAACUGUCCGAGGCAAAAACAUGCUGAUGCAUUUGUAUCAGUCAAUACUAAAAUGUUAUUCCAUUUUUGUUAAUCCUCAAUACCUGGAAAUAAGCCCAGGGGAUAACAAUCAGUCAAUACUAAAAUGUUAUUCUUUUUUUUUUAUUCUUCAAUACCUGGAAACAAGCCAGGUAAUAACAAUUGUUGAUAUAAAUGCUUUGUUACAAAUAUAAAUAUAUUGAGUCAUAAUGUGCCUAUAUAUGGUCAUAAUGUGAUGUCAUCAUGACCAUAUUUAGGCAUGUCACCUGUUUUUGUCAAAUGAAAUAUGAGUCUGCAGAGAGUUAAUAAACCUGAAAAAAAUGUAAUUGCUUACUUUGUAUAUUUAAGUUUUUUACUUUCAAUUAAAAAUAUUUUCCUUGCUGAUUGGCGGUGUAGCUUGGUGAUAAUGAUGCUUGCCUACUAGUCCCUGGGUUCUGGGUUCCAAUCAUGUGAGGCCAGGAUUUAUGUGACAAGACAAAGACUUUUUUUAUACCUUGUUUAGCGAACCCACCACCCGUUAGUAAUGAUGAAUUUCAAAUAAAAAUAAAAUUUUAUUUUUGGCCAACUAGCGCACCCGUUGCCAUAAAAAAAAAUGGAAAUUUCAGAAAAAAAUUAAGGUUUUUCAUAAAAUUUAAUUAUUAUUAAAUUUGGCCCUUUCACUAAUAACAUUUUAUUUUUAUUUUAUUCUCCAUUUUUAUUCUUCUUUGUUUUUGGCAAGACCGUUUGCUAAGUAAGAAAACAAAAGUUUAUUUUUUUUCCUGCCCUCCUCUGACGAUCUUUAAAAAGAUGAGUUCGCGAAGCAAGCUAUAAAAAAAGUCUAGCCCAACUAAAGACAACUCUACUCUUGAGGCCUCCCAAUAAAUGGUUUAUGCAGCAUCACUUUAUCUUGUAAUACAAGUCACUUAUUGUUGGAUAAGAAUGAAUAAGUAAAACGAAUGCUGUAAUAAAACCAAUAUAUUAGCGACUGUUGGCAAACGACAUAAACCAAUUUUAGGAAAUGUUCAUAUUCGUGCAUAAUUUAUUUUUAAAGAACAUAAAAUCUAGCCUACAUCUUAUUCUUAAAUGCAAGUCAAAAUAGGAUAAAGCUAUCAAGAUGCAUGUUGGGUAAUAAGGCUUGAGUUAACGUGAAUGUUUUGCAUGGACUCAACUGAUUGGUAUUCACUUUCAUGACUUCUUACAGAAUCUUAGUAACAGCCUGUAAAUCAGUGAAAACUAGAUUGCUUCAAUCUGUGUCAUAUUGGAAGGUCGUAACUUCUUUAAUAUUUUUGAAUAAGCAAUUCCAUGUUUUAAGAUUAUUUUACAGAUGGCAUAUAUUUUAAAAUACAGCGAAGGUAUGAUGUGUAUAUUUUUCCUUGCUAAGAAACCAGUAUCAUAUUUUGACUUUCAGAUUAAAUAGAAAUAAUUUUAGUAAAAUAAGUACUUUCAAAUUAUAUUGUAUUAUAAACUCUGUGAAUAUUUAAAACUUGGGUUUUAUAUGCAGAUGUAAGCCACCAUGCUCUGUUUAGCAGAUAUUGUAUAAAUGCUAGAAUGAAAAUGAUUCAUAAAAUAAACAUGAACAAGAUAAAUAUAA